AUGUCCUUGCUAAUUCCUAAUAGCAACGAUCAUCAUGACGCUUAUGGCGACUUGGACGAGGAUGAAAAGUAUCGUGCUGCAUUGAAAGAACAGCAAGAGUUCACUUGGUCGUUUUCACCGGUAUUGGGUUUUUUCAAACAAACCGAUCCAGAAACUAAUGACAUGGAAUUUAGAUACACACAGGAGGAUUUUGGAAUCCUUAAACCAUGGAGCAAGAUUAUUGCAGAGUUGGAAGAACUAAAUGAUACAGCACCAGAGAAUGUGCACUAUAAACUUGUCUUUUUUGCACGUCAUGGACAGGGAUGGGCCAAUGUCGCUGGUCGCAAGUAUUCAAAACAAGAAUGGUAUGACAAAUGGAGAUUCUUGGGUACAGAUGGCGAGAUCACAUGGGGACCCGAUGCAGAUCUCACAGAGUUGGGUGAAAAACAAGCAUUGGAGAAUCAACAAGCUUGGAAAGAGCAAUUAGAGAAUAAAGGGGCACCGUACCCCAAGAAAUUUUAUGUUUCUCCGUUGCAAAGGUCUAUCAAAACGCAUAGUAUAACGUGGAAUAAUCAAAAGGUCUCGGUGGUUGAGAAUUUGAGGGAAACAAUUGGAUUACAUUUAUGCCACCGGAGAUCCAACAAGUCCGUAUUGGAAACAAAGUUUCCUCACUUGAAAUUUCCUGAUGACUUCAAGGAAGAAGAUGAGCAAUUCGACUCAUGGUCAAGAAGAGAAGAGUUGCAUGAACAAUUUCUCCGAAUUAAUAAAGUUUUAGAGAAUAUCUUUGAUGAAGAUGAGGGCCACAAAAAGGACGCGGAUGUCAUAUGUGUUACAUCACACGCAGGGACCAUCCGUGCUUUUAUCACAGUGCUUGGACAUCGUAAGUUUGUGAUACCAACUGGAGGUAUGAUUCCCAUAGUAAUUCGUGGGGAGAGAGAAAAGAGAAACCUGUAA